AUGGCAGCACCGAAUAUCAAUUACGCUGGAACUUGGACACUGAACAGACAAGACUCCGACAGCCCCGAGCCCCUCCUAUCACUUCAAGGGAUCGGUUACUUCAUUCGCAAAAGCAUCGCCCUAGCGACCAUUCGACUCCAAAUCACACAGCACGAAGACCCUCCCCUCCCUCCAAACUCCUCAAAGGAAAAGGUGCAGCACAUCGUAUGCUCACAGACUGCCUCCGGGCUGAAAGGAACUUCGGAGUACCACUGCGCGGACAACCAAUUCAGAGACCACUCGGAUUGGCUUUUCGGUGCUGUUAGAGGAAAGGCGGAAUGGCUGGAAUUAGAGGAACUUGAUGAACCGUUCUUGAAGAAGGGAUGGGAUAGUGGAGCGCAGCAUCAUGCAUUUAUCUUCAUUACUGUGGAGAGUUGA